CUAGGAAAGACAAUGAGCACACUUAUUGCCUUUCUGGUUCCCUGUCUCAACCAAAAAUGGCCUUGGUUAAUGCCCUUUUCAUUCUCAUGAUGCUGCUGAUUUUACCCUCAUCAUCCAAGUCCUUCUCAGAUGAAAUUCCCUCAGAAAUCCAAACCCAAGACAUGCAAGCCUUGAUUGCACAAGCCUGCAUGGACAUUGAAAACCAAAACUCAUGCCUCCAAAACAUUCACAAUGAGCUCACCAAGAUUGGCCCUCCAAGCCCUACUUCAGUCCUGAGCGCUGCGCUCAGGACCACCCUCAAUGAAGCACAAGGCGCCAUUGACAACUUAACAAAGUUCAGCACAUUCUCCGUCAGCAACCGCGAGCAAAUAGCCAUAGGAGAUUGCAAGGAGCUCGUUGAUUUCUCUGUCUCUGAGCUGGCAUGGUCAUUAGGGGAGAUGAGGAGAAUCCGAGCAGGUGACACAAGCGUGCAAUAUGAGGGAAACCUAGAAGCUUGGCUAAGUGCAGCACUCAGUAACCAAGAUACUUGCCUUGAAGGCUUUGAAGGAACUGAUAGGCGUCUUGAGAGCUACAUCAGUGGAAGCUUAACACAAGUCACACAGCUUAUUAGCAAUGUUCUGUCUUUGUACACUCAACUUCAUGCCUUACCCUUCAGGCCUCCGAGGAACAAUACUCAUAAAACAAGUGAAAGUUUGGAUUUGGAUUCGGAGUUUCCUGAGUGGAUGACUGAGGGUGAUCAAGAGCUCCUUAGAUCCAAGCCGCACCGUUCGCGUGCAGACGCGGUUGUGGCAUUGGAUGGGAGCGGUCACUACCGCACAAUCACAGAAGCUGUGAAUGCAGCACCGAGUCAUAGCAACAGGAGGUAUGUUAUAUAUGUGAAGAAGGGACUCUACAGGGAGAAUGUGGACAUGAAGAGGAAGAUGACCAAUAUUAUGCUCGUUGGUGAUGGUAUUGGCCAAACCAUCAUCACAAGCAACCGGAAUUUCAUGCAAGGAUGGACCACUUUUCGGACUGCCACAGUUGCUGUAUCUGGGAAAGGUUUCAUUGCGAGGGACAUGUCAUUCAGAAACACUGCUGGUCCAGUAAACCACCAAGCUGUGGCACUGCGUGUUGAUUCAGACCAAUCCGCAUUCUACAGGUGCAGCAUUGAAGGCUUCCAAGACACCCUCUACGCCCACUCCCUCCGACAGUUCUACCGCGAAUGUGAAAUCUACGGCACCAUAGACUUCAUCUUUGGCAAUGGCGCGGCGGUGCUGCAAAACUGCAAGAUCUACACCAGGGCCCCACUUCCAUUACAGAAGGUAACCGUCACGGCCCAAGGAAGAAAAAGCCCACACCAGAGCACCGGGUUUACGAUCCAAGAUAGCUUCAUUCUUGCGACCCAGCCCACGUAUUUGGGCCGGCCCUGGAAGCAGUACUCGAGGACGGUUUACAUUAACACGUACAUGAGUGGGAUGGUGCAACCUCGAGGUUGGCUCGAGUGGUUUGGGGACUUUGCCUUGACCACAUUGUGGUAUGGUGAGUAUAGGAAUUAUGGACCUGGCGCUUCGCUCGCAGGCCGGGUCAAGUGGCCCGGUUAUCAUAUCAUGAAAGAUGCUGCUACUGCUAGCUAUUUUACGGUUCAGCGCUUCAUUCACGGGGACUCGUGGUUGCCGGGUACUGGGGUCAAGUUCACUGCAGGCUUGACCAAUUGACUUAUUUUGUUCACCAUUGCACUAGUAUUUGUAGACCAAAACUAGUAAGUUACCAUCCUCCAUUUUUUAUUAUAUGAAUAAUUGUACCACUUUCUUUGGUUGAUUGAGGAGGAAUAGAUAAACUUUUAGUACAUGGGUGGAUGUUUAAUUAGGAGUUAAGAUCAUUAUGCAUCCCCCUCUUUUAUAGGGUAUAUAUAUAGAUAUAUGUAUGCAUAUACAUUUUUUACAUCAAAUAUUAGUAAUGGGAGUUUUUUUCUUUUUGAAAUAAGUUAUGGGAGUUGAUAUUCUUAUAAAAUGGUCCCAAUCCCUUUUCAAAUGCUAACUGCUCAUUUACUCCAAGUAAAACAUAGUAAAGCUUAUGUUAAUACCAAUUGUAAACGGUGCAAAAACUGUUAGACGUGCACAAUGAAUGAAUAUUGUAACUUGUAUGUCAUUAA